AUGUCAAUCGGCGUCUUCCUCGUGUCAAUGGACAGCACCAUAAUUGCCUCUUCUUUCGCGGCGAUUGGUUCUGAAUUCAAGCAACUCCAAAAAGCGAGUUGGGUGGUUACUGGUUAUUUGCUCACAUUGACAAGCUUUCAACCAUUAUACGGAAAACUGAGCGAUAUCUUUGGCCGAAAAACCUGUCUGAUUGUUGCGUAUACAGUGUUUGCACUGGGGAUAUUAUUCUGUGGACUGGCAAGGAGUAUGAAUGAGCUUAUUGCUGCAAGAGCUAUUGCUGGCAUAGGUGGAGGUGGCAUCUCUACUGUUGGGUCAAUUAUCAUGUCAGAUGUCGUUCCUCUCAGAAAAAGAGGCACUUGGCAAGGUUUGCAAAACAUCAUGUUUGCAGUCGGUUCAUCGGCUGGUGCACCUCUGGGCGGGGUACUUGCUGAUACAAUCGGCUGGAGAUGGUCUUUCCUCAUUCAAGUUCCUAUAACGGCGCUCGCGGUCUUAACGGUCACAUUGGCUCUCCGCUUACCUUCUCAGGCUCUUCCAUCCAGUUCUAAUACCUUCUUGAGUAAACUCAAGCGGAUUGACUUUCUGGGGGCGUUCACCUUGAUCGUUACUAUUUUCGCGCUGCUUCUUGCCCUUGAUAGAGGGAGCACUGUCUCUUGGAGCUCGAGUGUGGCCAUCGCGUGUUUUGUUAUCGCUGCCGUCUUCUGCGUACUUUUCAUGAUCGUAGAAUGGACUUGGGCCUCGGAGCCACUCGCACCCAAAAGAAUCAUGACUUCUGGCUCACUCGUCGCCUGUUACUCUAUCAACUUCUUCGCCACUGCUUCAAUGAUGACAAUGACCUACCAGUUUCCUCUCUACCUGCAAGCCGUGCGCCAAACCAGUCCAAGCAUGGUCGGUGUAUGGCUAUUGCCGAGUGUACUGAGUGGUGUGGCUGGCGGUCUCAUCGGCGGAUUCUUAAUCCAACGGACUGGAAAAUACCACUGGCUGAAUAUGCUAUCUGGCACAGUAAUGUGCCUCGGUUCCAUUCUUUUGACACUCACAACUGGUACUUUGGUAUUUUCAACGGUUGGAAUCAUCUUCGGUUUAAUUAUUUCGCGUCUGGGUGGUGGUGCUGGGAUUUCCUCGGUUCUUGUCGCGCUUCUUGCAAAUGCAGGGCGAGAGGAUAAGGCAACUGCUACUGCAGUAUCAUACCUGUUCCGAUCCUUGGGGUCACUCAUUGGUGUCUCUUUGGGCAGCACUGUUAUGCAAGAUGUCCUCCGCAAAUCUUUGCGCGAGUAUUCAAAGGGUUCAACGGAUAUUGACGAGCUGGUUCGUAGCGUGGUUGGCUCACUAUCAUACAUCAAUGAACUCGAUGGCAAGACGCAGGCGAUCGUGCGGAAGUCAUAUGCUGACGGCGUCCAUGCUGCGAUGUGGCUAGCGGUUGGACUGGUUGCAUGUGCGGCUGUUUCAAGUGUGUUCGUUAAGGUCAGGCCGUUGGAGAAAAGAUAGAUGGGUGAAUAUUUUUCG